CGGGGGGGGCGGGUGCCCUUAACCAAGAUGCCGGCGGGGCGUGCCGGCGCCGCCAUCUUGUCUGCGGGCAGGCGGCGUACCGCUGAGCUGGCCUUGCCGGCGGAGCGGGGCCUGCCGGGACCGAGCGGCGGCGGCGGCCGGGAGCGGUGAGAGCUGCUGCAGCCCCAUGGCGACCUACCUGGAGUUCAUUCAGCAAAAUGAGGAGCGUGACGGCGUGCGCUUCAGCUGGAACGUGUGGCCCUCCAGUCGGCUGGAGGCCACGCGCAUGGUUGUCCCCCUCGCCUGCCUCCUGACCCCGCUGAAGGAGCGUCCGGACCUGCCACCUGUGCAGUACGAGCCGGUGCUUUGCAGCAGGCUGACUUGCAAAGCGGUGCUCAACCCGCUCUGCCAAGUUGACUAUCGAGCCAAGCUCUGGGCUUGUAACUUCUGUUUUCAGAGAAAUCAGUUCCCUCCAGCCUAUGCAGGCAUAUCUGAAGUCAAUCAACCAGCAGAGCUUAUGCCUCAGUUUUCAACAAUUGAAUAUAUUGUGCAGCGAGGUCCACAGACACCGUUGAUCUUCCUGUAUGUUGUUGACACGUGCUUGGAAGAGGAGGACUUGCAGGCACUGAAGGAGUCCCUCCAGAUGUCCCUGAGUCUGCUGCCUGCUGAUGCUCUGGUGGGGCUUAUCACUUUUGGCAGAAUGGUCCAGGUUCACGAACUGAGCUGUGAAGGGAUUUCCAAGAGCUACGUCUUUAGGGGCACAAAAGACCUGACGGCUAAGCAAAUACAGGAUAUGCUUGGGCUUUCAAGGCCAGCUGUCCACGUUCAACAAGGAAGACCUCUUCAGACUCAGGAGCAACCUGCUGUUUCAAGCAGGUUUCUGCAGCCAGUUCAUAAGAUUGACAUGAAUUUAACAGAUCUCCUGGGAGAACUGCAAAGGGACCCGUGGCCAGUGACCCAGGGAAAGAGGCCUUUACGUUCCACUGGAGUAGCUCUUUCGAUUGCUGUUGGCUUGUUAGAGGGCACGUUUCCAAACACAGGGGCCAGAAUAAUGCUGUUUACAGGUGGGCCACCAACGCAAGGACCGGGCAUGGUGGUGGGAGAUGAACUGAAGACACCCAUUCGUUCGUGGCAUGACAUAGAGAAGGACAACGCAAGGUUCAUGAAGAAGGCCACCAAACACUAUGAGACUCUGGCCAACCGCACUGCAGCCAACGGGCACUGCAUCGACAUCUACGCCUGCGCCCUGGAUCAGACCGGACUGCUGGAGAUGAAAUGUUGUGCAAACCUCACCGGAGGACACAUGGUGAUGGGAGACUCCUUCAACACUUCUCUCUUCAAGCAGACCUUCCAGCGGGUUUUUAACAAAGGGUUCAAUGGGGACUUUCGGAUGGCUUUUGGUGCAAGUUUGGAAGUGAAGACCUCUAGGGAGCUGAAAAUUGCGGGAGCUAUUGGACCAUGUGUAUCCUUGAAUGCUAAAGGACCAUGUGUUUCUGAAAAUGAACUUGGAAUUGGAGGAACGUCUCAAUGGAAAAUUUGUAGUUUGGAUCCCAGCACAACUCUGGCCAUUUACUUUGAAGUGGUAAAUCAGCACAAUGCACCGAUUCCUCAGGGAGGCCGAGGGGCAGUGCAGUUUGUCACUCAGUAUCAACACUCCAGUACACAGAAACGCAUUCGUGUCACCACCAUAGCCAGAAACUGGGCAGAUGCACAGAGUCAACUCCAGCACAUAGAAGCUGCGUUUGACCAGGAAGCAGCUGCUGUGCUGAUGGCACGACUAGGAGUGUACAGAGCUGAAUCUGAGGAGGGACCUGAUGUCCUGCGGUGGCUGGACAGGCAGCUGAUCAGACUGUGUCAGAAAUUUGGACAAUACAACAAAGAUGAUCCCAACUCCUUCAGAUUGUCGGAAUCAUUUUCUUUGUAUCCCCAGUUCAUGUUCCAUUUGCGACGCUCCCCAUUCCUGCAGGUCUUCAAUAACAGUCCAGAUGAAUCUUCUUAUUACCGUCACCACUUUGCUAGGCAAGAUUUGACCCAGUCUCUCAUUAUGAUCCAGCCUAUCCUUUAUGCUUAUUCUUUCCAUGGACCUCCUGAGCCGGUGCUUUUGGACAGCAGCAGUAUUCUUCCUGACAGAAUCCUACUGAUGGAUACUUUCUUCCAGAUAGUUAUUUACCUUGGUGAGACUAUUGCACAGUGGCAGAAAGCUGGUUACCAAGACAUGCCUGAAUAUGAAAACUUCAAGCACCUACUGCAAGCCCCACUGGAUGAUGCCCAGGAAAUCUUGCAGACUAGAUUCCCAAUGCCACGUUACAUCCACACGGAACACGGGGGCAGUCAGGCCCGGUUCCUCUUGUCUAAAGUGAACCCUUCACAGACCCACAAUAACCUCUAUGCAUGGGGACAGGAAUCAGGAGCUCCAAUCCUGACAGAUGAUGUUAGUCUCCAGGUAUUCAUGGACCAUCUGAAGAAACUGGCAGUUUCAAGUGCAUCGUGACUUGGAUCUGACAGAAGCAAGAACAGAAGAAUUACAUGGAUCAUGUUGAUUACAAAAGUGGAAUGAUCUAUUUACAUUUCCUUCUCUUUUAGAAUACAGUUUUUAAAUAUUGAAUGAAAUAAAUAUGUGGGGAGAGUUUUGUACUUUGCCCUUUUAGAUAUUAAUUUAUUUGUAUUCCUUUUUGUCUCUAUUGUUUACUCUAUCUCUUUCAUACUGUAAUUAGAGUUAAAGUAGCCCUUAGCACUCUUUACCUUAUUUUGUAAUGUUCUUUGCUUUUAAAAGGUGUAUUUUAGCAACCUGUAUUAACGAAAAAUAAAACCGGGUAAGGAAGGCAUUAAUAGCUGGUGCAAUCCCCAGCGUGGCUGGACGCACGAUGGACUUGGCCUACCUCCUUUCCACUUUUGAAAAAUGAAACACUGGGCUGCGUAGAAACUAUUAAAAUUAACUUCAGUCGCUGUUGCCUAAGCGCUUACUUGGGGAAGGUUUGAGGGAGGGUUUGAGGGCGGGGCGGGGCGGGGCGGGGCGGGCCCGGCCGCGUAAUGGCGUCGCGCCGCCGCCAUGUCCCGCCCCCCGGGGGCGCAGGCGGAUGAUGGCGGCGAGGGCGGCUCUGUGGAACGCCCGCUGGGCCCUGCUCUACUCGCUGGGCGGCUGGACCGCGCUGGGCGGCAUGGUGCACUACAGCUACCACAGCGCCGGGGCUGGGGCCGAGAAUGAAAAUCAUCCUCCACCAGAGGACUCAGUCUCUCGAGAAGUAGUCGUUACAGAUACACCUAUAGGAUUAAAAAUCACAACGGUAACAACGUAUAACAAGGACUUUGUGUCUCCUGCUACUCGGCUGCUCAGGCAUGUGAAAUCUUUCUUUGACCCUGCUGAUAGCCCUCCUUCUGAAAAGUGAGUAGUCUGGAAAAUUGAACUCUGUGCUGCUGGGGGAGAGCCGGCUUGUCUGAGAAAGUCGUCCUGGAGCAUGGCGCCACACCGUCGAACGAAAACUUUCUCGUCUUGUUGAAACAGCAGCUCCAUCACUGAAAUCACUUUGCAAAACUUGUAACCUUCUCGUCUGCUGAGAUCAAUGCUGUGUUUGCACUUGUACUCAAAUUAUUAAACAUGAAUAGUU